CACACACCGUAUUUUCUGAGGGCGCCAAUUUUUUGGUGUCAAGGCGCAAGGCCAAUUUCUAAAAAUGCAGACUGGUAUUUCAGCACAGGAUUUACUUGGAGAUCAAAUAUGCGAAGAAAACGUUUAUUGCAGAGGAGCUGAUAACUGUUACAGUGUAAACUCUUGCUCAGCAGAAGUCUCAGGGAAAAAGAACAAGAGUUAUCUACUCAGCUUGGAACAUGCAAUUUUCAAGUUAUUUUCUUCAAACCUCAAGCUAUACAGUUAUUGCCAUCUCCCAGGUUACCUCAAGCAUAACCCAUAUAUAUUAGGCGGAUACAGAGUUAAUCUCGAUUUAUGGUCAAGUACAAAAACCUUUCUCACGUGGCACAAUGAAACCAUCAACAUUUGGACCCACUUCUUAGGGUUUUGGUUGUUUUUAGAUUUAGCAUUAGUGUCAUACAAUACAUGGCUAGCAGAGGGAACCAUAGAAGAGAUGACAGUUACAUUGUGUUUUUUUGUCUCAGCUAUGACUAUGAUGGCGUUUUCAACAAUAUUUCACCUGUAUAAUUGCUGUUCUUCUGAAUGCUACGAUCUCACUGCAAAAUUGGACUACACGGGUAUUGUAGUUCUUAUUGUAGGAAGUUAUUAUCCAAUACUCUACUACGUGUACAGCUGCAGAGAGCAUUCUAUUUGGAGAUAUGGAUUCGGGUCCAUGAUCACUCUUCUAGGGCUACUUACGCUAAAGACAAUAUGGACAUCAGGCAUCCACAAACCAAAUGGCGAGAAGUUCAGAGUUUCUUUGUUUUUAGGUCUAGGACUUUUCGGCGUCAUUGUACUUCCCCAUGUUUUCUCUAUAUAUAAUGAAGCCCAUUUGUUGACUCUGCUUUCAAAGUUGGUUUUGAUGGGUUUUUUUUACACUAGCGGGGCUUUAAUAUAUUUGAAAAAAUAUCCAGAGUCGAUCUUUCCUGGAAAAUUUGAUUGCUUUCUUGCAAGUCAUAAUAUUUGGCACUGUUUUGUCUUGGCAGGAGCUAUUUCUCAUUAUUAUGCGAUGAAGUACGCGCAGUUCGUAUACCGUAAUGUGCUUAUGUAUUACUGCUUCGUUAAUAAAUGAACUGCACACAUCUGUCCUAAACUUUAAAUCAAA